AUGGAAAGAACUUACCGCACAAAUCCUGUACUUGUGAAGACUGCAGUAUACAACACAACGAUCUGUGUGAAUCAAGCUCAGGCAGAACGAGAACGACGCCAUUUUGCUGAAACAAGAGACGAAGAGCGAUACAAAGUUCAAGGUCGUAGAUAUAUACCUCAUGGAGUCGGUGACCAACCACCAUGGAGACCACAUGGCAAACACCUGAAACCACAGUACACUGAGUAUGGUCCAGAUUGGCAAUCCAGACUCCGGUACAUUCCUCCUCCUCAAAACCCGAAUGCCAAACCCAUCAUUAAAUUCCCCGGAAUUCGUUAUUAUCCAUACAAUACGUUACAGACCGAUAAAGAAUGGAGUUUUUAUCCAGAAGGAUACCACACUGGUAAAAGAUGUGUUUUUGAAGUUGAAGACGUAAAUGACGCCAUACACAUGUCAACUAUCGAGUCAAGUAAUGAGUUAUCACACAAAACACUGUAUGGAAAGAAAAGGCCCAUUUGUUCUGUGUGGCAAGUCAGGGGAGGGUUACCUUGGGCAUCUCCUGGUGAUAAAAGCUAUCAAGUUUGUGAAUAUUCACCGGACUUCCACAAAUCUGGUUCCACCAGACCUGUUGUCCACUUUGGCGGUGGUGAAGUGAAAGCAAAGCCAGACACCUUUGUACCAUUACUAGACCUACCUCCACUAAGCGAAAGUUACACGAUGAAAGAAAAGAGAAGACAACUCAGACAGGAAAUGGAUCUUGUUCAAAGUUUGGAUAACUAUCGUCCGUCAUCACCAUUAGUGCCACCUCCGCUACCAGACGACAGAAGACCCAUGCUUACUUCCAUGUACAACUAAUGCAAACAUUUUAACUUUUUUCAGAAUCUUCUUACUUUAUAUAUUAAAAUUUGUAUUUCAUAAAAAAAAUGACUAUACUGCACAUAUUUGAUAUAAAAUAAGCUUGUUUUAUAACACAAGUAUAAUUUUACUCUAUAUGUGUAUAAAAUGGCGAGUUUGUGAAUAAUAAAGAUGAAUUUUACAUA